CAUGCGCAAAGGCUUUCCUCUCUGUUUCUUGUCGUCGUGAGGCGCCUACCUGGAAGGAGCGAGCGGCGGAGAGAUGAGAUGGCGGCCGAGGGGGAGACGGAGGCGGAGGCCGAAGUGGAGUGGGUGGUAGACAGCAUCGCCGGCUUCCUUCGGAGCCCCGCCUGGUCCAGCCCCAUCCUGGAGUUCGUGGAGCAGAAGUGCGAGGUUUUUGAUGACGAAGAAGAAAGCAAAUUAUCUUACACUGAGAUUCAUCAGGAAUAUAAAGCUUUGGUUGAAAAGCUGUUAGAGAGUUACCUUAAAGAAGUAGGAAUUAAUGAAGACAAAUUCCAGGAAGCUUGCAUGUCUCCUCUUGCCAAGACUCGUACCUCACCGGCCAUUUUGCAACCAGUAUUGGCUGCAGAAGACUUCAGAUUGUUUAAAGAGAUGAUGGUCCAGAAAAACAUCGAAAUGCAAUUGCAAGCCAUUAGGAUAAUCCAAGAAAGAAAUGGUGUUCUGCCUGACUGUCUGACUGAUGGCUCUGAUGUAUACACUGAAAUUGAAGAAGAAGAAAUGAAAAUACUCAGGGAAGUUCUUAGGAAGUCUAAGGAAGAAUAUGACCUAGAGCAAGAAAAGAAAAAAACUAAAGAGUCACAAGAUAAACUGAAAUCAUCUGAUGGUGCACACAAAUCUCCAGGACACCUGAGCGACAGUGCAAGACCUAAAGUAACUGUUGGCCCCACAACAAAACCAUCAUCAGGUACUGAAGCAAAACAUAAAGAUCCAUCAGCCCAGCAACUGUCUACAAAAACAAAGGAAGAUAAGGGCAAGAAAGCAGUGGGGAAUGGUUCCGAAUCUAUAGCAAAGCAGGCCAGCAUUGAAGGACGUAAAUUAUCAGAACUUGGAGCACAGGAGCUCAGGGAGCGUGAAGAUUACCUAAAGCAGAAGCGAGAUGCUCUGAUGGCUUUGAAGAAGGAGUCAAAAAAUAAUAAUGCACUACCGCAGAAUAUAGAACAGAAAGAAGAGCUCUUACCUGCUCGAGAGGCCAAAGAUAAUGAAAUGAAGGGAAUGACAGCAGAAGAAGAGCAAAGUUUGCUAAAGAAGAGAAUCCUUGCAGCGAAACUCAAAGAAGAAGUUAUUAACAAGCGAUAGUUUAGCGAAGAUGCUUCUAAGAAGAGUUGGCGGCACAAAUUAUAUUUACUGUAUAUUUAACCACGAACUGAAUUCUUCGCUCCAUAUUUACUUGAUUUUAUAUGUUACAAACAUGCUAAUUUUUGUUUCUUUUUAAAAACCUAGACUGAAAGGAAACUAUUUAAUUUUAGAAUGAUCCUUCUCCAUAGGUGUGAUAGUUCCGUCACCCAGUUUCGCUUUUUUGUUUUGUUUUGUCAUUUUGUGUGUGUAUUGAUGGAUGAUGCUACUGCGGUACUUUUGCUUGGUGUGAUAUUAAUGUUUGAAUGUUUGUGUCAGAAAUAAUAUUAUUUACAGCUCACCAUUAAAAUGGCUACUUUUAAAUUUAAGCAUGUGCAGCGAGUACCAAGCCCAUCAAGUGUAAAGCCAAUUCACGCGAAACACACCAUUUCCUGCAUGGAGCUGCAAGAGGCCCUGGUUUUUAUUACAGCAUUUCUCGCCAUUCAUACAUUGGGGGAAAGUCGUAUCCUUGGCCAUCACAGUGUACAAAUAUCCUAAAUUAGCUGCUUCUUUGAGGUCUCUGUGACUCACAUAUGGCCUCUUCUGGGCCCGACUGUUGGAAUGGACUAGAGCUGAAAGUGGUCUAGAGCCUUUUAGUCCCACCCUCCACCGUGUGCAUAUCUUUGAUAGUGCUUGCCAAAAAAACUUGUUCACUUUUCUUCACCAGUCUUUUUCCUGGUCUUUUUUUCCUCAGCAUUACCUUACACGGUCUUCUAUUUUUUUUUUACUUUUCUUCAUUUUUUUUUAAAAAACCUUUCUGUCUCAAACCUCUUUUCUCCCACUUUUCUUUGUUCAUGUGAAAGGGCUUAUGCCCUCCUCCCACCAAGUCAUGUACCGUUUGCAAAGUAUGCAAAGUACUGUUUGUAUAAGGGGAAAAAAUGCUUCAGAGAGCUAUUCUUGCAGCCUGCUUUGUCUUAGGGAGACCCAUAUUGGAACAAGGCAGGGUGCUUAAAAGCUUUUGCACUCAAAGAUGCCCUCAGGACCUUAGCGCUCUUCUUCCCUUUGAGAAGAAACAUGUAAUUGACUCAGGCAGUGGCUCUAAUUUGUUCCAGCAUGGCAAUUGAUGCUUUAGUUGUCUUGAUACAGACUUGAAGCAGAGUGAGUUGAAGACCCAACCAAGAUCAGAAGCAACUGAGUUUUAAGUCCUUUCAUGCCACCAUUUACAAGAUGGGUCGAAAUUGGCUCCAUUGUUUGAGGAUUUCUUCCUGCAGCUCUUCCUGCACUCUCGGACAUUUAUCCUGCCUCUUUUUCCAUAGAGGGCAUUCCUCUCUAUGUUCUUUCCUAUCCUAAUGUGUGACAAGGCAGCAUGCCUCCACUCCCUUGAUGCCUUGGUGCCAUGGCUUGAAGGGCCAUGGUGCUUUUUAUUGAUGGGACAAAACCCCACUAGAAGAUUGAUUGCUGCAACCAUUUCCUAAGCCAGAGCUCCAUCAAUACCUUCUCUCCAAGGUGUUCUCCAUUAAGUAUAUAGUGUCAGCACCAUUGACAUUCAUCCAUUGAAAUAUUGGUACAAGAUCCAGGAAUAAGGUAUUGCUUGGUUGCACUGUACUCAGCUACACUGAACCAUCUUCUCCUACCUGUUCGUACUGUUUGAUGAUGUGUCGCGAAUCACAAAUACUAGGUUGCUCACCUGCAAAUACCGGACAGGUCUUUGAAUGCCCACAACUCCCCACAAGGUGCCGCUUCCUCAUCCUAGUGUCAUAUUUUGUGAUGUUGGGAUAUGUGUAGUAGAGCACACAUGAGGCUAACAUCUGGAUGAUUCGUUCAGCUUUAGAACAUUCUGACUAUUGCUGGGCAAGUACAGAAACUGUAUUGUGAGUUCACAAAUGACCAAUGGAAGAACUCCCAAUUCUUGUACCCAUUUAGAUGGGAUAACAACAGGAUAAAAGUUAGUUGAGUUUGUAGAAGAGCUUAAAUCAAGAUUUCAAUCCAGCUGUACAGCAACGCUAGCAGAUAAGUAAGCGACAUCUCACAAUUUGGAACCACUCGGACUUCUCCAUCACUACUUCCUUCAACACAGUAAAAACACAGGCCAGCCACAUUUUCAUUUAACUUUUUAUUAAAAUAGUAUUUAACUGAGACAUGUUGGCAGAUGCAAUCUUUCUCUUUAAAAAAUCAGUUGAAGGGCCCCAGGCAUUUGAAAUGUGGGCUGUCCUGUGGCAGAAAAGUACUGAAAAGGAGUCGGGGAGCGGGAGGACAAAUGCACCUGAGGCAGACGGUGGGACUCGGAAGGGAGGAGCUAAGUGCACCUUCCACAGCUCUUCAAAUGAUUCCAAUAUUGGUUGGAGGGUCAUUGUUUUGUUUAUAUUAAACUAUAAAAAGGAAUUAUUAAUUUUGCUUUCUUGAUUACGUCUGCAUGUAUCUGAAUGUUCCCAACAGUCUUUGAAAUGGGUGGAAGAUCCAAUUGUGCUUUGGGACUUUUUCAGUGACUGAUAGAAAGCUGGAGAGAGGAUUGGUGAAUUUCUUUCUGAAGGGAAAUGGGUCACAUAUAGUUUUCUUAAGAAAAUUAUACAGGUUUCGGGGAAAACUUUCCCUCUGUAAAAGUGAAGGGGAAGACCUGCUAAGAGCAAAUGGAUGGCGGAUGUUUGACAGCAAGUCUACCUAGUAACUCCAUUGAACCAGCCAAAGGACUUCCCCAGAUUUUCCUUCAAACAAGGGACUCGGCUGAAGCGAGAAGGAAGCCCCAUUCUUGGUUGCCUGGAGCCCCCAGAGGGCAAGAGAGGUGGUCGUCAGGCCACAUUAACGGUCAGUCAUCACGGCACACUGAACCAAAUCUAGAAUUUGCUUCCCCCCCUGCCAGAUUUGAUUCAGUAGCAUUUACUGAUUAAAUUGUACAAAUAACUAUUCUCAUUAAAAUCCUCUAAAAUGGCCACGUUUCAAAAAUCUGAAUUAACUUACCAUUUACAACAAACCAAACAAAACCAAUAAUUAUGGAAUUACAGGGUCACAUUUUAAUUCCUGAAUUUUACAGUUCAUUAAUAUUACCACAUGUAUACAAAUGGUGUAAAACAAGUACAGUGGUUUUUUUUUUUCUUCUUCUCAAUACAAAAUAAACUUCUGUUUCAUGGAAAAACUAUACUUCAUAUCUACACAGACAGCCCAUCUUUUGCAAACGAUAGCUAAAAUUAAAAUUAACUACAAAAUCUCCAAAACGGAAACUGUCAGCACUGUUCCAGGAGAAAUGGACCCAUGACACAUCGCAAGAGUGAUCUAUAGUGAUGGAUUGCUGCUGGUUUCAUUGUUCAAAUAUUUCAACACAAUUUGUAGUUUGGGGAAUUAAUUCUGCAUGAUCUCAGAUCAUAUAUGGCCAAACUAACAGUAAAAUAUUUACAGUUCACUUGCUCGGAAAAAUAAAAAGGUCUCAAAAAUGGUUGACUCCAUCAAUUCA